CCCCCUCCCCACCCCCCCGCCCAGGACGAGGGCACCCUCAAGACGCCCGGCGCCAGGAAGCGAAAAGGGCGGCCCAGUGAACCCACGCUGGCCGAGCUGGGGGACCCGUACGCCGUGCCCAACGACGACGAGGGAGGGAGGGACGGCAAGUCCUACAGGUGCAGGAUCUGUCCUCUGACCUUCCUGUCAAAGUCAGAAAUGCAGAUUCACGCGAAGUCUCACACAGAAUCCAAGCCCCAUCAUUGUCCUCAUUGUUCAAAGACAUUUGCCAACACCUCGUACCUGGCCCAGCACAUCCGCAUCCACUCAGGAGCUAAGCCCUACAGCUGCAACUACUGUCAAAAGAGUUUUCGACAGCUCUCUCACCUGCAGCAACACAUAAGAAUCCACACAGGAGAUCGGCCCUACAAAUGUGCACAGCCGGGGUGUGAGAAAUCAUUCACUCAACUCUCAAACCUUCAGUCACACAGGAGACAACACAAUAAGGACAAACCUUUUAAGUGUCAACACUGUCACCGUGCAUACACGGACUCCCCCUCGCUGCAGGUUCACCUGGCGACGCACACUGUCAAACAUAUCAAGGCAUUCGCUUGCAGUUCCUGCAGGAAAUCGUACACAUCGGAGACCUAUCUGAUGAAACACAUGAGGAAACACAAGACCCCCGAGCAAGGUGCCGAGCUCUAUGGAGCGGCGCCGGUCGCGGUCUCGCGGCCUCCGGCCCCCGAUGGCGCCCAGUGCUCCUUUGACCUCCUGCCCUUCAAACCUGAGUCCCACAAGGAGCCCUGCCUGACCGUCAGCGCCUCUGCACUCCAGGUCGAUCAGAUGGGUGGCUCCUAAAGAGGGUGCCCCUGGCCUCUCGACAGACUCUCUCUCUCUCUCUCUCUCUCUUUCUCGCUCUA